CGCGGACGCUCCAUCUUUCUCUUUCACGGAAGCGAGUGGAAGCGAGCGAGUACAUACGACGCACUUUUGUGGGGGUAACGACGCUCUCUCGGCUGCGCUCGGCUGUCGCGUCCAUUUUCCGAACACACAGAGCUCGGGGGGAACGAAUGCGACGAAUACAAAUAAUGGAGUGUGCGUCGUUUGGUUGACCCGCCUGUAAACUCGCGAUCUCCCGCGUGUGACGUACGUCGCGACGUCGCGAGUCGCACGCUUUCUGCUCGAUGAAAUGUUGUGCCUUAUGUGUCUCUGAUGUUUCGUAUGCCCAAGUCGAGACUGGGUUUGUUGUCGUCCGCGAACGAGGACGGUGGGAAAGGAGUCGCGUAGGUCCGCGCUCGCGGUGUGAGCGAGGCAUCUCGACGGGACUGGCGGCUACCCGGGCUAUAUCCAGUGACGUUUCGUGAAAUGUCAGGUCGCGCCGUGACGAGAGGACAGAUCUCGUGACGCCGGUGUCGUGAGUACCGCUAAGUGACACAAGUGGUCACGUCAGGUUGAGGUUAGAGACCCCCUCCUCCCCCUCGCCCGCUCGUGACGUUCCGAAUGUAAACCUGUCUUACGUCUUUAUCCCGCCUGCCCUGUGGGACAUUCAAGUUCGUCAAGCUAAACCCAAGUUAGAACCACCGACUCCCCGUGGCGCGGAGGGACAACGCAGACUGCUGGGGAGCGUGGUCGUUGUACUGUUGUGGUGACACAUUCCGGUGCUCCGUCUACGCGUUGAUGUGUGUAUAUUACCGUUUGUGUGUUAUGUUCCCAUCUCGGUGAAUAGGGAUUGUAGAAUCAUGGCAGAUCGAGAUUAUGAUAUGGGCUCAGCGACAGAAAUGAUGGUAAAUGAUUUUGAUGACGAACGAACGUUGGACGAGGAAGAAGCCUUAGAAGGUAGCGAGGAUUCUCACAACGAGUUGUCCAACUUGCAAAAGGAAGGUGAUAUGCCACUGAAAGAUCUUCUUGCCAUGUAUGGAUACGGUGAUCCCUCGACGGAGAACUCGAACAGUUCUGAUCAUAUGCUGCUGCCAUCGGGAAGCGGCGACCCUGAGACCGAGGAGCGUUACUCGGACAAGGGCGACAACGAUGCGGACGACGACGACGACGAUGACGAGGCUGAUGCAACCAGCAACGAACCGGACCUUAAACAGUUUUACACAGAGAUGCUGGUAAAGGGGAAGGAUAAGGCGUCGUCGUUGACGGGAUCAGCAGCGAAGGGCAAUAGCGGUAUUGGACCUGGCAGCAGGGAUAACAGAAAGCGUAGAAUUGAUGACGACGAGGACGACGAUGAAGAUGCUGAAGUUGAAGAAUGCUCGAUGACGGGCACCCAAAGUGGAAGUGGAAAGAAAACUAGAGCGUCACCUACGACGGACAGUGCUAAUGCUGUUGCGUGCGUUGGUAUAGUUAAUUUAGGGACGGCCAGUGCGGCUGAUAGCACUAUUGAAGAGGGUAGCGCCGGUGGCGCGAUUGAUGGUCCGGAAGAUAGGAUAGUCAGUGCGAACAUAGGCAGUGGCAGUUCGAGAUUGUUACGGAGUGUUUCGAGGCCUCAGAGUGAAGAAGAGGAGGAUGACUGUGAUUACAGUCCAGACGAGGAAGACUGGAAGAAAACUAUUAUGGUUGGCACCGACUAUCAGGCGGCGAUACCAGAAGGCCUGUGUCGUUACGACGAUGCCUUGCCAUAUGAGAACGAAGAUAAAAUGUUAUGGGAUCCCAGCCAUAUAUCUGAAGAAGAUACGGAAGAAUUUUUAGAACGUGCGCAACUUCCGGCGGUAAAGGGAGGCUCAUUGCCAGCUGGCUCACAUAUUAGAGAUGAUGAGCAGGCUUUGUAUCUUCUACUUCAGUGCGGCUACAAUCUUGAAGAGGCAUUACGAAGACGUCGAAUGAACGUACUUCCUCCUACAGAUGCAGUAAGUCUCUGGUCAGAAGAAGAAUGUCAUAAUUUUGAAUCUGGAUUGCGCACUUAUGGCAAGGAUUUUCACCUUAUACAGAAAAAUAAGGUGAGAACGAGAUCGGUUGGAGAGUUAGUACAAUUUUAUUACUUGUGGAAAAAAACGGAACGGCAUGACAUAUUUACGUACAAAGCGCGAUUAGAAAAGAAAAAAUAUGCUCUUCAUCCCGGUAUCACCAGGGACUAUAUGGACCGAUUCCUCGAGGAGCAAGAGGGAGUGCGAGAUCGUAGUAGUUCGCCGAACGUUCAUUGUUUGCUAUAUGGUGACGUCAAGCGGCAAAGAUCGAGCACUAGCGUGACUAACAACGAUGAGUCCAAAUCAACUGAUGCUUGGGAUGGAAACGCAGUUGAUCCAUUGGCAGAUGUUAAUGGUCCAACGGCACCUCCACCGCCACCGCCUCCACCACCACCGCCCUUGGUAACGUCAGGUGCGACUACCGUAUCUUCGUCAAUAUGCAAUUCCAGCGCUUUGACCACACCGACAUAUUGUUCGUCAUCGACGCGUCAUUCAGACUGUCUCUCGUCCGAAUCGGGUUGUGUGAAUCCCUUAACGUGGAGUAGUCUAACGCCCCGAAGUCAACCUACCUCUUCAGUCAUCACAACGAUAACGAUAAAUACCACUACAACCACUACAUCUGCAGCAAUGGUCACAGGUCUUGGUUCGACGAAUACAGUUACCACUAGUUCCGUUCCUGCCGCCACUGUUGCCGCCACUGCUGUCUCUAAUAAUUACUAUCAUCAACGAGUAACAUCAUCCAGAAGCAAUGAAUCUCACGAUACGCCCUCGCCUGAGAACAUUUUACCUCAUCUGCCCCCUUAGCGUCUAAUUCGACCUUCAGGUGUUCAUCCUGAAAGGCGACGGAUGUCCUUGCGCGGUGUGUCUAACUCGGCACUCGCACCAUCGCUAUUGUCGUAACGCAUAAUAUUCGUUAAUAUCAAGGAUUAUAUUUUUAUACUGUAUCGCGCGUAAUAUAAUUAUUGAUUGUCCUUAGCGCGAGUGCGCGAUGUUAUAUAGUGGUGCGGAAGUUGGAAGGACGCGCUUUUGCGUGGAAGAUUAGAGCAUAUAUUAUAUGUAAGAUUAAAGAUAUAAACUGAGAUAAACGCGGCAAAGACAAGCGAGGGUCACUGUAGCUUUCUCUAUUUUUCUUCUCUCUGUUUAUGAACAUAGAGAUAUUCCAGAUACAAAAAGACGCAUUUCGAAAGAGAUUCGUUGGAAAGCGCCAGUAUUCAACAGAGAAGUGGAAUAGUAUUAUACAUUGUGAGAGUGUAAACUUUCAUGGCUAAAUCAUUGUAUUGCAUAAUUAACAUGUAAUUGAUCACGAUUGUUCGAGACAUACUUGUCCUCGGAUUGGCAAUAAAUUUAUAAAAGUAUGGUAUAUAUGAAAUUUCACGGAACGAUUUAUCAGUUCGAUAAAGUGGAAUCUGAUAAAUGUUGGAAUGAUAAAGAUAAAAUGAAAGUCAAUAGAAACAUGAUCAUUAUUUUACUGUAAAGGAUGCGCCAUAAAUAGCGAUCCUAAUAAUUCAUUUCCCUCGUUAAGUAGUUGGCUGUGUACAAAAUCAUAUAGUUUGUAUUUCACGUUUUCCUAGCGAACUAUUUAAGAGACACGAAAUAUUUUUAAUUUACUGGAUACAUAUUAUAUUAUGUUUAAUCAUUUAUAAAUAGUGUUGAUAUAAAAAAGUACAGGCUAAAUUAGAAAAA